AUGGAGAGCGGCACGAAGCAGCGGCGGCGGCAGCACCACUUCGUGCUGGUGCACUGUGCCUACCACGGCGCGUGGUGCUGGUACAAGGUGGCCACCCUCCUGUCAUCCGCGGGCCACCGCGUGACGGCGCUGGAUAUGGCCGCGUGCGGCGCUAGCCCCGGGCGCGCCGAGGAGGUGCCGUCCUUCGAGGAGUACAGCCGGCCGCUCCUGGCCGCGGUGGCCGGCCUGCCGCCCGAUGAGAAGGCGGUCCUCAUCAGCCACAGCUUCGGCGGGCUGAACCUCGCUCUAGCCAUGGAGCGGUACCCGGACAGGGUUGCCGAUGGCGUUCGUCUUCGAGCAGGUAACAGAACGGAAAUCCAUGACCGAGGGUUGUUCGAUUGUUUCGUCGAAAAGGCCAAGAAAGUGUCGAAUUUCGCUCUGAGCAUGAUGUCCUGA